AUGGCAUCUGUCGCUGCGUGGUUACCGUUCGCGCGAGCCGCUGCCAUCGGAUGGGUGCCUAUAUCGAGACAGCCGAUGCCGCAAGCACCGGUUGCCAUUCAGGCGAAAGACCUUGCCGUGGAUCACGUGUCCGAUGAAAAGCUCGCUAUCAACAUUUCGGGAAGGCGAUUCGAGACAUGGAAGAACACCCUGGAAAAAUUUCCGGAAACCCUUCUUGGAUCGAACGAGAAGGAAUUCUUCUAUGACGAAGACACCGGCGAAUACUUUUUCGAUAGGGACCCUGACAUCUUCCGGCACAUUCUCACUUUCUACCGAACCGGAAAACUUCAUUAUCCUCGACACGAAUGUCUCGUCGCUUAUGAUGAGGAGCUCUCGUUUUUUGGCAUCAUGCCCGAUUUGAUAUCCGAUUGCUGCUAUGAGGAUUAUAAAGACAAGAAACGAGAAAACCAGGAGAGACUGAUGGAAGAACGAUUGGAGACGGUUGAGACCGGACAGGUGAAACAAACACUCCAGCAGAAAAUGUGGGCUGCAUUCGAGAAUCCGCACACAUCCUCAAUAGCUCUCGUCUUUUAUUAUGUCACUGGAUUCUUCAUUGCGGUUUCUGUCCUUUGCAAUAUCAUCGAAACGAUUCCAUGCUGGUACGAGAACAACCAAGCCGUCUCGUGCGGCGAUGCCUACGAGAAACAAUUCUUCGUUCUCGAUACCGCAUGCGUCAUUAUCUUUACUAUCGAAUACUUGUUACGGUUAUACGCGGCGCCGGACCGCUGCAAAUUUAUGAGGUCCAUAAUGAGCGUCAUCGAUGUCGUCGCCAUUAUGCCAUAUUACGUUGGUCUAGGAUUGCAGAACAAUAAGGAUGUGUCGGGAGCAUUCGUCACACUUCGAGUAUUUAGGGUGUUCCGAAUAUUCAAAUUCUCACGUCAUUCACAAGGCCUUCGCAUUCUCGGCUACACUCUAAAGUCUUGCGCUUCCGAGCUGGGAUUCCUCGUCUUCUCGCUCGCGAUGGCUAUCAUCAUAUUCGCUACAAUCAUGUACUAUGCUGAGAAGAAGGUCGAGAGCACUAGAUUCACUUCCAUUCCAUCGGCAUUCUGGUAUACGAUUGUGACACUGACGACACUUGGCUAUGGAGAUAUGGUGCCUUCGACUGUGAUGGGUAAAAUUGUCGGAGGCAUUUGCUCACUCUCCGGUGUGUUGGUUAUCGCUCUUCCCGUUCCCGUCAUCGUCAGCAAUUUCUCUCGAAUCUACCAUCAAAAUCAGCGUGCUGAUAAGCGACGAGCUCAAAAGAAGGCGAGACUCGCGAGAAUUCGAAUUGUCAAAAAUGCUUCCGGACAAGCGUUAUUCAAUAAGAAGAAGGCGCAUGAAGCACGAAUGCAGGCGUUCGAACAAGGCCAUCUCUCAUUCGAUGCGCUUCGCGACGAAGACAUCUUCGAGAUUCAGCAUCAUCAUCUACUUCAAUGUCUUGAAAAAGCAACGGAGCGCGAAUUUGUUGAAGCCGAAGUGGCAUUCGAAGGCGGCCGAAAUACACCGCCACCCAGCGAUACAUCGUCAUUACGUGUAAAAGCGAAACGAAAACGGAAAUUAUGUUGUGUUUCAAAAGAGAAUGAGGAAAUGGAGGAGUUGGACCGGGAGGCCCGGGUAACAUUUAAUCAGGAUCUGAAUCAGAUUUGCGAAUCAAAAUCCAACGACGAUCACAAUUACACAAAUCAAAACGAUAAAAUAUGCGUAUCACAACUCUAG